AUGGUAAAAAAUAAUAAUGAAGAUGAUGAUAAAUAUAAUCAAAUCGAACGUUUUCUUUUACAUGCAAAAACAAGAACAGUAGCAUCAUCAGGUGUUAUCAAUAAUUUAAUUCACCCAUCAAUAAUCUCAAGUCAAGAAAAUACAUAUCCAUCUUUGGAUAAUUCACCAUCAACAGAAAUAUGUAUGUCUAAUCCUUGUGAGAAUGAAGGUAUCUGUAUUUCAACUGGACAAAUGACAUAUGAAUGUAAAUGUGUAGGUCCAUGGCGAGGCAUACAUUGUAGUAAUGGUUUAAAAAAACGAAGUCUUACAAAACGACAAUCGCUUUAUCAAUUAAUGCAGGAAAUGAAACGAAAUAAAAAUAAACAAGAUGAAAAUGAUGGAGGAAGACCUUAUUAUGAUUUUCGAAAUGGAAUUUAUUUUUAA